AUGCGCCGGCUACCAACACGCCUCCCACCCCGUCAAUUCCACAUCCAACCCUCCAGACGACCCAACCUCACAUUCACACCUCCCACCCAGAAAUUCUACUCAUCCAUCGCCGCCGCCGAAGAAGAACCGUCCAUGACGCCCGCCGAAUCCGCCAUCGCCGAGCUUCUCCGCCAAAAGCUCCAACCGACAGAACUGCUUGUGCGCGACGUAUCCGGCGGCUGUGGCAGCAUGUACGCCAUUGACAUUGCGUCGCCGGCCUUCAAAGGCGCCACGAUGCUCAAGCAGCAGCGCAUGGUGAAUGCUGCGCUGGGAGAUGUCAUGAGGGGUUGGCAUGGUGUGCAACUUAAUACGAGGGUAUCCGAGUAA